AUGGAUGAAAAAAAUGAAAAAGAAGAAAUAAAAUCAGAUGUUAUAGAUCGAAGACAUGAUCAGAUGAUAGAUCAUCUAUAUCGUGCUAAUCAAGUUGCCAAACGUGCAUUACAAUUUGGUCAUCAUCCAUUUGGUUGUAUACUUGUUGCACCAGACAAUCAAACUGUUUUAAUCGAACAAGGAAAUAUCGAUACAGUUAAUCAUGCUGAAUCAACACUUGCUCGAAUUGCUUAUACAAAUUUUUCUCCUGAAUAUCUUUGGGAAUGUACAAUUUAUACAACAUUCGAACCAUGUGUUAUGUGUACAGGGACAUUGUAUUGGACUAAUAUUGGGCAUGUCGUUUAUGGUGCAACAGAAAAACGUUUACUUGAACUUACUGGUAAUAAUAAGAAAAAUCCAACACUUGAUAUUCCUUGUCGUUAUGUAUUUGAUCAUGGGCAGAAGAAUGUUAAAGUAUCUGGUCCAUUUCCUGAAAUUGAAGAUGAACUCAUAGAAUUACAUAAAGAAUUUUGGAAAUAA